AUGGAUAAUCCAUUGUGUAAUCCAAACAUUACAAUUGAUUCGGCAUUUGUGGACAAAUACUGUGAUUUGGGAUCCGAUGUCAUCACUUUGUUUGCGGACAACACUGUCUAUCAAUUGAAUGUCAAUACAACGGAUCCCAUAACUGCAGUCUUCACAUAUAACAGAUCCCAAUCAUUGAAUGAGUGGACAAAUGGAGUAUUAAGAGACGGACCCAUAAAUACACUGACCGUCGAUGAGAUCCGGAGUUAUUUGUCACAAACGACGGCCGGCUUUGCAUUGAAUGACUAUUUCUAUUUGUUUGCCGGCAAUCGUGUCUGUCGUGUGAAUAACAGGACUCUUCGGUUUGACGACAACUGUUUGACUCAAACCAUCGGUCAAUGGAUUGGAUGUAAAGACAUGAGAACUGAUCCCAAAGAUUUUUGGUCAGACGAUUUGAACAUUGAAUCCAACAAUAAAUCAAAGAUAUCGGAGACCAAGUCGUUGACCGAAAUGUCGUCAUUGGAUGAAAACAGACCAAUAGAUCUCAAGAUUACGACCACUACUUCGACUGCCGAUAAGAAAUCUGCGGCCAAACCAUUAUUAUAUAGAAAAUAG